AUGGCCACAUCUAAUGGAGCUAAUGGAGAGAGCAAACCAGACGCCUUGGAGUUCAGGCCAUCCAAGUUCUGGAAAGAACAAGACUUCCAGUCGUCCGCUAGACUUCACAUGCAACAUUGGAUCUGGCUCUAUACACUCGGCUAUAACUUGGAUCCCAAGAUCGAUGUCUCCAAAGAUGACCCCAUCCGCAUCGCAGACAUCGCCUGCUGCAACGGGGCUUGGAUACUCGACGUCCAUCAAGAGUAUCCCAACGCCACGAUCAACGGCUUUGAUCUGACGCCUGCGCAUUUUCCGGCUGCUGGAUGGUUGUCCCCCGACAUCAGCUUCCAUGCCUGGGAUGUCUUCACGGAGGUGCCGGACCAAUAUGUUGGAGUGUUCGAUGUCGUGCAUGUACGGGCGCUCUCCAGUGCGAUCUUGGACAAUAAGGUUGAGCCUGUGUUGGACAAUUUGCUCAAGAUGCUUAAGCCUGGCGGAUACAUUCAAUGGGACGAAGGAGACAGCUCAGCGACGAGGGCAGACGUUCCCUCAAAUAACCCAAAGCUCCAAUCGGUAGCAACCACAGCUCUUGUCCACUUCUUCCAUAGAUCACAGCAGGCGGCUGCCCAUAUGAGCCCCGAAUGGCUCUAUACUCUCCCGAAAACGCUGCAGUCGAGGGGCUGCGAAGUUCUGAUUGAGCAAUGGCUGCCAGCCAAAGGGGAGCUUCAGCGGGCCUGGUGCGACAACUUCUUGACGGUGUGGCAUGGAGAAGAUGUCGAGGGCGUCGUUCUAUGA